CACGUGUUACGUUGGAUAUUUUUUGUGUUAUCGAAUUGUGAACUCUGGAAGUAAAAUUUGUAUCGAAAUUCGUCUCGGAUUUCCCGGUAGAAACAUGUAAUUUAGUGUUCAUCCGUCGCAGAAAGGAGGAAAUAUACAAAAUACUACAAAAAUGGCCAGUGCUAGCGAAAGUUCCGACGAAUUCUUCGACGCUGAAGAUAGUCAUCAAUCUACGUCAAACACUCCCAGUGGUGGCAGUGGCAAGAAACGAUCGCCGAAAACAAACUCUGACGCAGAGUUUAAAUAUCCCGAAACGGCAAAUGCACCUACGGAUUCAGAUGUCGGGUUUAUUGUCGCUGAUCAGCAGCAACAUACGAACCAAAGAUCGCAACCUAUUCCACAUUUACCAGUAAUUGCACAAAAUCCUGGGAAAGAAGAGCAUAAGUUUGUUGAACCAAAGGUGUACGGUAGGCAGCGAUUUCGCGAACUGCGUCAGUGCAUGCAAAAUGACGAAGACGAGAAUCCAGGAAAUACAUUAACACCUGAUUCACAGAACAGUUCAGUAGAAGGUCUUUACACGUCAUCACGCACCACCCACCCUUUCAGAGUGAUCGAGGGCGAUGCACUGAGCAUACAGAGUAUGACUUCGUUAGGUCGGGUCGGGCGUAUCCUUGCCGGGAGCGCCAGCGUAGAUGCAAGUGCCCUGAGUGUCGGCAAGGACUCGAUGUAUCUCGUUUCCACAUCAUCAGCCCCGCAAUCAUUGAUAGCCGUACCUUCAUCUUCUUCGCGGGAUACACAGCUUAGUGGAAGUUCGUCUAUUCAUUCUAGUAGUGGGGGUGGUGAAUUAGGUGCUAUUAGUAAUGCUGGAAGCACCAUAAUAGAUAAAUAUGAUGUCAAUGAUGACUUAAUACACCAUCGACGAGAGAAUGCUUCUCCGAGUGGCAACGAUAACGAAUAUCGAAUGAACAUGAAUUUUCCUCUACAAGAAACAUAUUUAUUUCCAGAGCCUGAUGUUAUAGCAAGUACUAAACUCGCGCACUCCAAAACAACUGAUAGCUUAACAUGUUCUGGGCCUGUAGCUCCCCCGCGGCGAAAAAAGAAAACUCGAAAAUUAUCGAGCAGCUCAUCGGAACAGUUCAACAUGAAUGAGGGCUUGAAGCUGCCUCCUACAGAUAGCUCUUCUCCGGAGUUAACCGUCAAGCUGCCAGCAGCACAAUUAGAUCGCAGCUCGGAAUCUUCAUUUACAGGAGUUAUCGGCGGUACAUACCAACCAGCUCUACCUAGUCCAGCUACCAGAGCAUUGGAAUCCAUAACCCGGGAUAUCGAAAGCUCUUUCAAAGAUGCUGUUGUCAAUGGGAGUCCCGCAAUAAGUACCACAGCAGCAUGCAGCGGAGAUUCUCGCAAAAAUCUAACUGGAUCAAUGAGUCGAAUAUCAAACUCGCUUGGCAACAGCUCAGCCUCAGUUUACUCUAAACCUAGUCCAUCGAAUAGCGUUAAAAGCAAUUCGGCACCUGCCCGAGUCAGUUCAAUAGACCCAUCGCAGGGAUUGAAUAUUUAUAAGGCAACUAAAGGGCAAUACGUUGUAAAGCCAACGGAUGGUGCUUUUAAUAAAGCGGAGGGUCCUUCGCGAGAAGAAAUUGAACGUGUCGAAAGAAUAAGGCAGGAAAUUAUGGGAAAGACAGCUUGCACUAGGGCAAGUCUUUCGGGAACGGGUACCAAUAGCUUAGGGAGUGGAAUAAGAUACAGCUCAUCGCUUGCGAAACAUAUGCAUCUUAAAGAGCGAAGAAAAUCUGCCGGGGAUGAAGAUAUGUUCAAACAGUUGAACAUAUAUGUAAAAACUCGCACUGAUUCUGGCAAACAGUUGACAGACAUGGAAAUUUUAGAGCAGAUCCCAGUGAAAAAUUUGGACACCGGUGAGAACUUUCCGCUGUCUGCGGUGGAGGAAAAGCUACCACAGUGCAUUAAUCCACUGUCGCUACAUAUAAUGCGACUAACUAGUCAUAUUCCGGAAUCGGAUGAGGAAUCCGUUGGACCUCCUCCGGGUUCGGAAGCAGCCCCUGGAUAUGAAGAAGAUCUUGAAAUCGAAGAUGAAGGCGGCCGGCUCAAAAAAAGAACUGCCAAGAUAAAACGAUUCUUCCGGUCGACUGCAAAGAAAACCGUGGACAAGGCUAAAUCGAUUGCUUCGGAGGUGUCGCACGCAAGGCACAAAGAAGACGUUGCGGACAUUGAGGAUGUUAUGAACCCCGAGCAGAAUAUUAAAAUCAAGGCGUCAAGUACGAACAAAGGGCCAUAUGAUUUUGCCAAACUCCAGCAUGUUCAAGACCUUUCCGGGGAACACACGGGGGCUGUAUGGUGUAUGAAGUUCAGUUCAUGUGGUCGAUUGUUGGCUACGGCUGGUCAAGAUCGUGUUCUCCGAAUCUGGGUGUUGAAGGAUGCUUUCCCGUUCUUCCAGGACAUGCGCACAAAAUACAAUGCUGCCGAUCAAAAAUCUUCUCCGACGCCAUCGCAGGAAUCACUAGUUUCUCAUCAUUCGGCAGAAGAAGCGAUUGCAAUGGUAAUGGCUGCUGAAAAAUCUCCAGGGCCCUUCAUGCCCAGGUCUUUCUGCACAUACUCUGGUCAUACAUCAGACCUGCUGGACGUCUCCUGGUCGAAAAAUUACUUCAUCCUUUCAAGUUCUAUGGAUAAAACCGUACGACUGUGGCACAUCUCCCGUAAAGAAUGUCUUUGUUGCUUUCAGCACAUUGAUUUUGUCACGGCAAUUGCAUUUCAUCCGCGAGAUGAUCGCUAUUUCCUAAGCGGUAGUUUAGAUGGGAAGUUGAGGUUGUGGAACAUUCCUGAUAAGAAGGUGGCUCUGUGGAAUGAAGUAGACGGGCAAACUAAGUUAAUAACGGCUGCAAAUUUCUGCCAGAAUGGCAAAUUCGCCGUAGUUGGAUCAUAUGAUGGCCGGUGCUUAUUCUACAAUACGGAUCAACUGAAGUAUCACACACAAAUCCAUGUCCGCUCGACGAGGGGAAAGAAUGCGAUUGGGAGGAAAAUUAGCGGAAUUGAGCCUAUGCCUGGUGAAGACAAAAUUCUUGUUACUUCAAACGAUAGUCGAAUUCGCUUGUACGAUCUGAGAGAUUUAAACCUGAGUUGCAAGUAUAAGGGUUAUUUGAACGUUUCGUCUCAGAUAAAAGCAUCUUUCUCGCAUGACGGGAAAUAUAUUAUAUCGGGAUCGGAGAAUCAAAUGAUCUACAUAUGGAAAACACAUCAUGAUUAUGCUAAGCUGAGUUCGGUUCGAAGAGACCGAAGUGACUUUUGGGAAGGCAUCAAAGCACACAAUGCGACAGUAACCUGCGCAAUUUUUGCACCUCACCCGGAAGCUAUUAUCAAACCCGAACCAGAUGAUGAAAUUAACGCGGACAAUAUCUCAAUUACUCAACCGGCGGAUCCAUUGGUCGAGCAAAGAAAGAAAGGCUGCGGUGGAUACGUUCUGGUAAGUGCAGAUUUUAAUGGUUGUAUCAAGGUGUUUAUCAACAAGACCAAGCCCAAACAUAGCAGUUUACCGUACACUGCUAUUCUGGAUUAAUGAGGUGAACAUUGAUCAGGUAAAUAUUCCUGCCGAACAAAAUGUUAAACUAUAGAGCGGAAUCAAAGGGUUGGACACAUUAUGAUUGCACUGGUGUAUGAAUGAUGAUAAUAAUGAUAUUAUGCUCUAGUUUUUAUCCAAUUGAUAUAAACUUUUUUUCUGAAUACAUGCAUCAACACCAAAUAACAUUAGGGAUAGGGCAGCUUGCGAACACUAAAAUGGGUAGUACGAUGAAUCAAAACGAGAAGUGCAGUUACAGUAAUUUAAAAGGCAUUUUGAAGGAAUCAACAGCUCUUGAACAUUAUUGAAAUUUUUGUUAAAUUUUUUUGUGUAGUGUAGUUUUGUGUUGUUCUGUGAUCAGAUAGUAACAGUUGUUCAAUAUUGAAAAUGCUAAGCAAUGUUAUAAAAAAUGCAUUUUUGUGUAAAUCUUCCUAUAUUGCUAAUUUUGAGAUCACAUUACGCACAAUUACAAAUAUGUUGUUUUGUUCUUCCAGCAAAUUUUAGCUUGUCCUUCCCGAGUUUUAAAUGGUUUAGCUGAAAGGUCAUUUUUGUUGUCUUAUGGGAUUCAUACGUUUUACAUAAUUUAGAAUUUCAGAAUAAGUGUUACCUACUAAUAUCGACGGUUGUUUGUCAUCCCACUCCAUUUUUAAAUUAAUCUCAAUAAAUAAUUUGUUGAUUAGCUAGCUCUGCAUAUUUUGGCUAUUUUAUGGCCCUAUGUUCACUAUCUUAAGUGGAUGAAGCGGUAAAAAUACACUCAUCAUUGAAAUAGGUCUAGAUUUGUUUUCGAGAUUGGGAUUUUAAUUUAAUGUGAACUAUGUACUACUAUAUGGAAGUACAGAGUAUAUGAAUCAGAAAUGCUACUAACGCGUGAUGUAAAUGUUAGAUCAUUUAAAAAAGUUUACCUUAUUUAUUAAAUGUGUAUGUACAUAUA